AUGUCUCUCGAAGCUACGAUGAUCAUUGUCGACAACAGCGAAAGCAGUCGCAAUGGAGACUACACAUCGACCCGAUGGCAAGCUCAAAUCGAUGCCGUGAGCAUUAUUCACAGCGUCAAGAUGCGCGUACACCCGCAGUCGGCCGUCGGCCUGAUGAGCAUGGGCGGCAAGGGCCCCGAGGUCCUAUCAACAUUUACGACAGACUUUGGCGGUAUCCUAGCUGGUCUGCACGAGACAAAAAUCGGCGGCACUGCGCAUCUCAGCUCUAGCAUUCAGGUUGCAGCCUUGGCACUUAAGCACCGAUCCGAGAAGUCGCAACGGCAACGCAUCAUCGUAUUCUCAUGCUCUCCCAUCGAAGAAGACGAGAAGACCCUCGUCAAACUCGCUAAGAAAUUGAAGAAAUCCAACGUUUCGGUGGACGUGGUGGCAUUCGGCGACCUGGAAUCCGACCAGACCAAGAAGCUCGAGGCCUUCGUGGACAACGUGACGGGUGGCGAGGGCUCAUACCUGGCCAUCAUCCCACCGGGUCCUCACCUGCUCAGCGAGGAGCUCCAGCAGACUCCGAUCCUGGCAGGCGAGGGUGCUGGAACCACUGCCCCGUCCGGUGGUGAGGGUGGUGAUGCCGGUGGCUUCAACUUUGAGGAUGCGGCAGAGAAUGAUCCCGAAUUGGCAUUCGCUCUGCGGUUAUCGCUCGAGGAGGAGAAGAACCGCUUGGACAAGGAGAAGCGCGAUCGUGAGGCGCAGGAUGGUAAGACGGAAUUGGGUGGCAUUCCCGAGGAAGGUCAGGGCGAAUCCAGCGACAAGAAAGAUGACGACAAGAUGGACACUGCGUAG